AUGGCCAACACAGAUACCUCUUCGACCCUAUCUCAAAUCGAACCCAUGACGGGGCAGAAGGACUACUACCACGCAACCGGGGUCGCGCUUCUAACGACGGAGAGGCACUCUAUGCCGACCGACACGGGUAUCGUGCUGUUAGGGAACUGCUUCUGCCCGUUUACGCAGCGCAUAUGGGUUGCCCUGGAGUACCUGGGGAUUGACUACCAGGCAAGCUCGUUUUCUUUUUUCUAUACAAGUGUAACGUUCUCAUGUUUGGAACGUGGCACUGCCCAGUACGUGGAAGUCGAACCAGACGAAAGACUGUCCGAUCUGCUCCAAGUUUCGCCAAGGCGCCUCGUACCUGGGCUGAGACUCGACGCUUAUGACCCGCCGCGCACGUUGAACGAGAACGCGAUCAUUCUCGAUUACCUCGAAGAGUUGGCGGCGAACACGACCCACCGAUCUCUGCUGCCUCCCCUAUCUUCUCCCUGUACGCAGUUCGACUUGCAUACGCUCUCCAUGAUGCCCGUGGUGCUGACCACGUCGACGACCCUGUCUAUAGACGCUCGCGCUCUCGUGCGCAUCCAAGCAGACCAUGUCUCGCGCACGCUGGUGCCUGCCUUCUACCGCUUCCUGCAGGCCCAAGACCCCAUCGUGCAGAUCAUGCACGGCAAGGAAUUCCGUGCGGCGCUCGAAGAUCUGAUCGAUAUGAUGUAUCGCUCCGAGCGGGAGACGGCCGGGGGCCCCGCCGAGUCGCAGCGUGCGCUCGGGUUGUGGAAGGAAGGCGGCGAUCUGGGCUGGACGGAUGCUCUGGCAGGGCCCUGGCUGUUCCGAGCGAGUCGCGUCCUCAAAGAGUACCGCGCGUUCGAGAUGCCGCGGGACGCCAGGUUUACCGCGUGGCUAGAGCGGCUGUUCAAGCAUCCCGCGUUCGCGCGGACGUGCAGCUCGAGGAAGCUGUACAUCGAAUACUACGAGAGGAUGGAAAGCCUCUCAUCGCCGGUCAUGAGAGCCGCCGUGUACGACGCGGACACGACGCCUCUAAAGAUGUCCUCGGAAGUUCAAGAAUGA